CGUUGCCCAGAUAGAGUAAGUUUUGCUUUCUUAUUUAACGUAUUCAAGGUUUGCCUGGUGAAAGGGUAUUGUCAUUAUAAAUGCCCUAAAUUAUUGUUUCUACAAUGCUUUGUUUACAGGACAGUACAUCCUUUUUACAGCUAAAAAAAAUCGAAAAUCGUUUAAAAGAACUUUCCGAAGAAUGUAGAAACUUAAAGAUACAGACGACAAAUUUAGCUGCGUUGAUGAAUUCUGUGAAAGAAUUGCCCAUUAUUGUCAAAAGCCUGGAAACAUUAAUUAAUGAACUCCAGUCAAGCAGUACUCAUUCAGUCUCGCCACCUGUGAACACUGAUUUACCAAAACACCUGUCCCCUUUAUGCCUUAAAAGCUCUUGCGAUGCACCUACGAUUGAGGAAAAUGAUAAUGCUGGCAACGGAGUGGAAGAGAUGGUAGCACUGGCUCCUGGUAUUACGAUUUUGCCUUCGCAGAGGGAUCUUUUGACUUUACAAGGAAGUCCAAAAAACUACACAUAUGCGUUAAUGGACAUGAUGUGGUCCAGAGAUGUGUUGGCAACACAUUCCCUAACAGGAAAAACGUCCAAUGCUCACAAAGAUAAAACACCAAAGCCUUCAUUGGAUGCUUCAAAAGUUGCUGCACUGUGUGAUGUGGUUGUAAAAAAAUUUCGAUUACCUGACAAAAAAAUGGUGAAAGGAUUCAUAAAGGCAAAGCUAAACAACAGCGAAAGAUGUAAAAAAUUCAAAAAAAGUGACAACGUACCAGAUAACUGAUUCUUUUUUAUAAUUUUAUUUUUGAUAGUUAAUUUUCAUGUUUUUUUCUAAUUAUACAUACAUGUACGUUAUUUGUAUUAUUGGUAAUUUUUGCAAUUUUAUUAACGUAUGCAAGUUUUAAAAUUUUUAAGUUCUAUUAAAUUAUUUGAGUUUUCUGUAUUAUAUUUAAUGGUCAUCUACA